CAAACUUUUCACUUUUGUUUAAAAACAUACACCCUUUGCCCUUCACUUAAUGAUUUCCAUUAUAUAUCAUAACAUAAAUAGCCAGCCUAUCAGUUUUACCAUUUGAGUUACCAAAAUGGUUGUGGCUUCACCCAGUCCAACUCAUCCCGAAAAGGUUCAAUUCAUUGAGUUACCAAUCAUAGACCUUUCAGCCGAGAGAUCAAAGGUUAUAAAACUGGUAAUAAAAGCCUGCGAAGAGUACGGUUUCUUUGAGGUGAUCAACCAUGGUGUCUCCCACGACAUUAUUACCAGAAUGGAAGAACAAGGUCUCGGUUUCUUUGCCAAGCCGCUCGGCGACAAACAAAAGGCCGGUCCGGCCACUCCUUUUGGUUAUGGUUGUAAGAACAUUGGAUUCAAUGGUGAUGUUGGGGAAGUUGAGUAUCUUAUGUUAGGUACUAACUCUUUAUCCAUUGUUGAAAGAUCUUAUGCCAUCUCUAAUGACCCCAAAAUGUUCAGCUCUGCUGUGAAUGGUUACAUAGAAGCAGUGACAGGGUUAGCAUGUGAGAUAUUAGAACUAAUGGCAGAGGGACUGAGGGUCCACGAUUCAUCAGUGUUCAGUAAGAUGAUCAAGGACGUUGAUAAUGACUCCAUUUUCAGGCUCAAUCACUAUCCACCCAUUCUCUGCAACAACAACAAUAACAACAACAAAGACCCUUCAUUUCAUGCUAAUAAGGUUGGUUUUGGGGAACAUACUGACCCUCAGAUCUUGACCAUCCUCAAAUCCAACGAUGUGGGUGGCUUGCAAGUUAAAUCCCAAGUUGAUGAUGAGGAUCAUGGUGUGUGGGUUCCCGUUCCUCCUCACCCUACUGCCUUCUGUGUUAAUGUUGGUGACGUUUUACAGGCAAUGACUAAUGGGAGGUUCAUGAGUGUAAGACACAGAGCCAUGGUGACAAACACCAGUAAGUCCAGAAUGUCAAUGGCCUAUUUUGGGGCACCACCACUCCAUACAUGCCUCACUCCACCUAUAGAGUUGGUCACUCCCCACAAGCCAUUGCUUUAUAGGCCUUUCACUUGGGAUGAAUACAAGAAGGCUUCCCAUUCUCUAAGGCUUGGGGACAGUCGCCUUCACCUUUUCAAAAUAAGUACUGCAACAUGGUUCUGCAUUCAAUUUUCUAGCUAA